AUGUCUACUUCUACACUUCUUCCACUAGAACUUGUAGACAAAUGUGUAGGUUCAAGAAUCUGGGUAGUAAUGAAAGGAGACACUGAAUUCUCUGGUAUUUUACUUGGAUUUGAUGACUACGUCAACAUGGUUCUUCAAGAUGUUACUGAAUAG